AUGAUUACUUCGAAGCUGGGUCCGACAGCCCGCAUGGCGACCGCUGUAUCCUCACCCCGCUCCACACAGCGCCUCUCGCAACUGAACAGACAGUUUUCAUCCUCCAAUCCAAUACGAAAAGAGAUCCAGGAUGCAUACAUUCUCUCAGCUGCGCGAACGCCUACGGGCAGGAUAACGGACCUCUACUACGGCAACGUCUACUCCGCUGGCUUAGGCCAAGCUCCGGCGCGACAAGCCUCUAUCUUCUCCGGCCUUCCUCCCACCGUCGAAGCCACCACCGUAAACAAAGUCUGCUCCUCGGGCCUGAAAGCCGUCAUCCUCGCCGCUCAGAAUAUCCAGCUUGGUCUCGCAGAAGCUCAAGUCGCGGGCGGGAUGGAGAACAUGUCUCGGGUGCCGUACUACAUGCCGCGAGCGAAUCAGCACCCGCCGUUUGGGGAGAUCAAGAUGGACGACGGGCUAAUUGGAGACGGGUUGUGGGAUGUGUAUAAUCAAAUCCACAUGGGCGUGUGCGCAGAGAAGACGGCGAAGAAAUACAACGUCACGCGCGAAGAGCAGGAUGCGUAUGCGAUUCGGUCGUUUGAGCGCGCGCAGGAGGCAUGGAAAACUGGGAAGUUUGACGAGGAGAUUGCUCCUGUGACCGUCAAGGGGAAGAAGGGGGAUACAGUCAUAAGCAGAGAUGAGGGAUACGAGAGCCUGAAGAAGGACAAGGUCCCUACCCUGAAGCCCGCGUUUGUGCGGGAUGGCACAGGUACGGUCACGGCGGCGAAUAGUUCGACCUUCAAUGAUGGUGCGAGUGCUCUGGUGCUGGGUUCAAAGGCCAUCGCGCAGGAGUUUGGACUGGGCAACAGGGUCCUGGCGAAGAUCAUCAGUUCUGCCGAUGCUGCUAUCGAUCCGGUGGACUUCCCCGUCGCGCCCGCAAAGGCGGUGCCGCUUGCCUUGGAACGGGCAGGCCUGAAGAAGGAGGACAUCGCAAUCUGGGAGUUCAACGAGGCUUUUGCUGCGGUUAUCAAGGCCAACGAACGGAUCUUAGGCCUCGAAAAUGCAAGAGUGAAUCUCCUAGGCGGAGCGAUCGCGCUGGGCCAUGCGCUGGGGAGCUCGGGAUCGAGGAUCCUCACGACGCUGCUGCAUCAGCUCAAGGUCGGCGAGUACGGUUGUGCCGCCAUUUGCAAUGGAGGAGGUGCAGCUAGUGUGAUGGUGGUGCAGAGAGUUGAUGCGGUGUAA